AUGAGCUUGGAACACUCCUCCAGGCGCCUUCUUAAACCUGAGCCUUCCAAGCUCCAGGCCAAACAGCAUCAGUGGAGGAUCUCUGGAGCAGGGGAUCAUUUGCAGAUCAUCACUCACAGCAUUUGCUUAGUCAAUAACAUCGCAGAAGAAAUCACAGUAUCAUUUUAUCAGCCCUAUGACUUCGCUUGGAUCCGUAUUUACAUGUUGGAUAUGAUCAGGUCAAAUAAACCUCCUGAGAAGGCCCCGGUGGACUUUGGCUACAUGGGGAUUGACUCCAUCCUGGAGCAGAUGCGCCAGAAGGCCAUGAGGCAGGGCUUCGAGUUCAACAUCAUGGUCAUUGGGCAGAGUGGCUUGGGUAAAUCCACCUUAAUCAACACCCUCUUCAAAUCCAAAAUCAGCCAGAAGUUGGUGCAGCCCACCUCGGAGGAGCACAUCCUCAAGACCAUCGAGGUCAAAUCCAUCACACACGAUAUUGAGGAGAAGGGUGUCCGGAUGAAGCUGACGGUGAUUGACAACAGCGAGAACUGCUGGCAGCCCAUCAUGAAGUUCAACAACAACCAGUAUGAGAAGUACCUGCAGGAGGAGGUCAACAUCAACUGCAAGGAGCACAUCCUGGACACCCGCGUCCACUGCUGCCUCUACUUCAUCCCUGCCACUGGCCACUCCCUCAGGCCCCUGGACAUCGAGUUUAUGAAACGCCUGAGCAAGGUGGUCAACAUCAUCCCGGUCAUCACCAAGGCUGACACACUCACCCUGGAGGAGCGGGUCCACUUCAAACAGCGGAUCACCGCAGACCUGCUGUCCAACGGCAUCGACGAGUACCCCCAGAAGGAGUUUGAUGAGGACUCGGAGGACCGGCUGGUGAAUGAGAAGUUCUGGGAGAUGAUUCCAUUUGCUGUGGUGGGCAGUGACCAUGAGUACCAGGUCAACGGCAGGAGGAUCCUCGGGAGGAAGACCAAGUGGGGCACCAUCGAAGUUGAAAACACCACACACUGUGAGUUUGCCUACCUGUGGGACCUUCUUCUCAUCAGGAUGCACAUGCAGAACAUCAGGGACAUCACUAGCAGCAUCCACUUCAAAGCCUACCGUGUGAAGCGCCUCAACGAGGGCAGCAGCACCAUGGCCAAUGGCAUGGAGGAGAAGAAGCCAGAAGCCCCGGAGAUGUAG